AUCUCAGAUUUCCUAGGAAAGCCGUAAUCUGAUGAUAAGCAUAACUUUUUAAUAAAGUAGAUUUCUGCCUCCGCUCUUUAUCUAAUACGAUAAUGCAAGAUUCUCUUUGAAAUUACACCGUUAUUAGAAAAAUUACUUGUAUAUUGUCAGAGAAUUUUUACACGCAUCGCGAAUCACCAUUAUUGCGAUUGCGCCGCGAAAAAUCACGCAAAAGUUAUCAAUCUCGCAUGCGGUAACAAAGUUCACUCCCCCCGUACGGUAUGUAAUGAAAAGCAUAAAAAGCGCCAAGCUUUUGAUUUCUGACAAUGACGGAUGUAUGUAUGUACAUUGUUGCUGCAUUCCUCGUACGCUCAUUACCCUCAUACGCGUACGAUUACGUGUAAUCUAUUGCACUCGGCUGGCUGCGUGCAAUCGUACACUCAACUGGUUCUUAUCUUUCGCAAGCCGAGCGCAAACUUUGCAACCAAUUAGCACUAAUUAUGCCUCGUUACAAAAUAACGACUAAUUACUAUUAGUUCGAUCUCAAAUAUUACUGGACAUUUAUAAAUACAAGAAUAAUUUAAUCAACGAUACUUGACAUCCCGAUUGUAUGAUUUUAUGUAUGUACAAAAAUAAACAUGACAUAAUCAUCGUCGCGAACUAAAUAUUUUUCCAGGAAUAUUGCUUCUGUUGGGUGACUUUCUCCGCUGAUGACUCAUGAAAUUCCUGAAAUGCUUUGAAUCAUAUCCCUAUCUAUCACUGUUAAAUCUUUAAAUGUUUGUAGGACUAGUCCAGAACUAUCCAACGUGUCAAUUCCCUCUUGUGCUACGAACUUUUGAUACGGUUGAUUCCAAAGCGCAUGCAAAAUAUCCGUUCACCGGCUUUCCGCGUUGCGUUUGACAAUUAAAAAUUACGGAAGUCAACGAUUCGUCACGUGUGCCCAUAUGAAGGCUUCACCGAUAAAGCAGAGUCUAAGUGAUACGACUGAAAUAUUAUUCUUCUUAUCAGUCGCAUAAUAAGUCUCUUUUUUUUGCUAAACAAUCUUAGUCGAAUAUUUCUCGUUUAUCGCGACGUCGCCCGUUGUCCUCGUUCUGUCUGCUCGAAAAUGAUAUGCCCGAGGUGCGCCGAACGUGUCCGGAUCAGGACGACCCGACUAGACCUGCGAAGUGGCUUGAAUAUUCACGAUGACGUCGGUCGUGUGGACUGCGCCGAUGGCAAUCACUUCAUUGCCGUAACGCUGAACGACGAAAUAAUCGACGUCGACGAUAUCUGUAGCGAUCGGCUCGAAGAUAAAUGGCGAGAGGCCCAGACGGAUCGCGACAAGGUGCUCUUUUACAUACUGAGUCAGAUUGUUUAUCCGGACUUUGACACGCCGCGACCGGAGAAGUUUGAGUCGCCGUACGCUCUGGUAGACGAACGCGACGUCGUGUUGCUGAGAUGGCAAGGCGGCAAGGCGAUUGGAUUUUACACUGUCAAACCUACAGGUACGGAAGUGUUCUCGACGAAGGAGAGAUACGUGAUGCCCGUGGUAGACACGGCGUACAUCAGAUCAGAGUACAGAAACCGGGGUUUCGGUACGGAGAUUCCGUCGGACGUGGUCGCGCGCUUUCCGAGCGAGGACAUCGGCUUCUCCAUGCCAAUCUCAAGCGGCAUGCUGAAAAUUCUGAGGACAUUCCUGACGGGACGCAAGGAGUACCGGCUGCGUUUCUGGGAGAUCGCGGACUGCGACAUCGCCGGAUCUCAGCGGCUGAUAUGGUGUCGUUUGAAGAAAGCGGCCUUAUGACAAAAAGCAGUUAGAAUUUAUUAUAAAAGCCACCGCGAUGGCGUAACAGCAUAUUUAUAUAUCUGCAAUUGUACAUUAGAUAUUUUGCGUACAUGUUACAUGUGUAUAUAUAUUUGGAGAAAUACACAGACGUAUAUAUUUCCAA